GUCCCUUUUGCCAGCAUUUUUGCUCCUGCACCCAAAACCCGGAUAAAACCUCACACGGCGGCGCAGCCAAUUCGAACCCCGCGACGGCCGACUUACGUAAUUACUAGAAUGGCCUCGCUCUCUCUUCCCUUCUCUUCCACCUCUCUGCAAUUUCCUUUCCCAUCACCAACACCCACCCACAUUUCUGCCCCAAUUCCCUCAUUCACCCAAUACUAUUCACGUUCGUCUUCAAGAAUCCGUAUGUGUGGCCUUUCGACCACACCCGAGAGGAAACCGAGCUCCAGGAGGAAGAAAAUCAGCCCUUCUUCUUCUUCGUCGUCCUCGUUGGAAGCACAAGAUAUGGUUCGUUUGAUGAUGAGGAGCUUCAGCGACAAGCAGCCAUUGGUGACUACUUUGAACAAGUAUGUGAGGUUUGUGAGGACCGAGCACUGUUUCUUGCUGUUCGAGGAGCUGGGAAGGAGUGAUAAAUGGCUGCAGUGCUUGGAGGUAUUCAGAUGGAUGCAGAAGCAAAAAUGGUACGUGGCCGAUAAUGGUGUUUACUCGAAGCUAAUUUCAGUCAUGGGAAAGAAAGGGCAAACCCGUAUGGCCAUGUGGCUAUUCUCCGAGAUGCGUAAUAGCGGCUGUAAACCCGACACGUCCGUUUACAAUGCGCUAAUCACGGCCCAUCUUCACUCUAAGAAUAAAUCCAAGGCUUUAGCAAAAGCCCACAUGUAUUUCGAGAAAAUGAAAGGCAUGGAGAGGUGCAAGCCUAGCGUCGUCACUUACAACAUUCUCUUACGAGCUUUUGCUCAGUCGAAGAAAGUUGACGAGGUCAACGCACUGUUCAAGGAUCUCGACGAGAGUAUUGUGAAUCCCGAUAUAUACACAUUUAACGGCGUGAUGGAUGCGUAUGGUAAACUAGGGAUGAUCAAGGAAAUGGAGUUUGUCCUCUCGAGAAUGAAGAGCAAACAGAUAAAACCGGAUAUUAUCACGUUUAACUUGUUGAUCGAUGCUUAUGGGAGAAAGCAAGAAUUCGUCAAGAUGGAACAAGUGUUCAAGAGCUUAUUACGCUCGAAAGAAAAACCGACACUCCCCACGUUUAACUCCAUGAUCACAAAUUACGGUAAAGCACGGCUUAGGGAAAAAGCGGAUUCGAUUUUUCAGAAAAUGACGGAUAUGGGCUACAAACCGAGUCCCGUCACGUACGAGUGUCUUAUUAUGAUGUAUGGAUAUUGUGAUUGCGUGUCGAGGGCUAGGGACAUAUUUGACAUUAUGGCUGAGUCUGAAAGGGAGAAAAAAGUGUCGACUCUUAAUGCAAUGCUCGAUGUGUAUUGCAUGAAUGGUUUGCCUAUGGAGGCAGAUAUUCUUUUCGAGAGUGCACGUGCAAAUGGAAUUUACCCGGUUGACUCGUCUAGUUAUAAACUCCUUUACAAGGCUUACACUAAAGCGGAUAUGAAAGAGCAUUUACAGAAGCUGCUCGUGUGUAUGGAUAAAGAUGGUAUUAUUCCUAAUAAAAGAUUCUUUCUUGAUGCUCUGGGAGCACUUGGGACUUCGUCUGCAAGCAAGAAGUCAGUUGUCAGAAAAAAACAAGUUAAGCCAACAGGUUUGAGCUGAUUAUAUGACCAGUCAAUCCUUUUCACCUCUAACUAUGGCCGUUGCAAUAGCUUCUAUAAUGGGGAAAUGUAAAAAUGGUGACUUUAGUGCUGCUGACAAAUUUGCGGAACUUCCCAGCCAAUACUGCUCCAGAAUAUCAGCAAUUUUGGCAGUCAUUUUUGUGUUGGGCUCUCAGGAGUUGUGACCACUGAUAAAAGUCCAUGGUGAAAUUGAAGGCUUUAUGAACAUCAAAGAGUAGUUAGUUGUGCGAUUUGUGAGGGUUAGUGUGUGGUAAAAAAGGUAAAUGGUAUAUGAAUGUGUAGUGAGGUUAGAAACUAGAAGUAACUGUAAUUUUUUAUAAAUAAUAGUUGAAAUGGAGAGUUUUGUUUUUCUUAGAGCAG